CCUCUUCUCGGCUGCCCUCCCUUUCUGUCGUCUUUUCGUGCCCCAAACCACAUCCUGGAGGCCGCCCUCCUGCACGGUCCUCAGCGGGGCCGGUGCACCAGGCGUCCGGGCCCGGGAGCCGUAGCGCUCGGCCUCUCUGUCCCGGGCCCACCCCUCGGCCGCGCUGAUUGGCCGCUCCUGGGCCACCCUCCGUCCCCGGGCAGGCAGGGUCUCAGCCUGCGGAAAGUUUUCUGCGCCGGGAGGAAGUUAGACUUUUGGAGAUUGUGAGAAAGCAGCUCUCGUGGCUGCAGGGUUCUGGGCGGCCAUGGAGGAGCCCCCUUUGCGAGAGGAGGAAGAGGAGGAGGGGGAAGAGGAGGAGGGGGAAGAAGAGGAGGAAGAAGGAGACGAGGCUGGGCCCGAGGGGGCUUUGGGCAAGAGCCCCUUCCAGUUGACCGCCGAGGACGUGUAUGAUAUCUCCUAUGUGAUGGGCCGCGAGCUGAUGGCCCUGGGCAGCGACCCCCGGGUGACACAGCUGCAGUUCAAGAUCGUCCGCGUGCUGGAGAUGCUGGAGACGCUGGUGAAUGAGGGCAACCUGACCGUGGAGGAGCUGAGAAUGGAGAGGGACAGCCUCAAGAAGGAGGUGGAGGGACUGCGGACAGAGGGCUCAGCGGCCGGCAGGGAGGUAAACCUGGGACCAGACAAAAUGGUGGUUGACCUGACAGAUCCCAACCGGCCACGCUUCACUCUACAGGAGCUAAGGGAUGUGCUCCAGGAGCGCAACAAACUCAAGUCCCAGCUGCUGCUGGUGCAGGAAGAGCUGCAGUGCUAUAAGAGCGGUCUGAUUCCACCAAGAGAAGGCUCAGGAGGACGAAGAGAAAAAGAUACCCUUGUCACCAGGCCCAGCAAUGCCAGAAGUAACAAGGAGGAGAAGACCAUCAUAAGGAAGUUGUUCUUUUUCCGAUCAGGGAAGUAGACACAGCUCUAAGGCCACGACUAAGGCAGAGGGUCUCGGACUCAACAAGGCAACGCGCCAAGACUCCCAGACACAUCUCUCGGUGCCACAUAUAUGCACCGUCAUCGCUCAUUUGUUUCCCCUGAAAGCCACCAAGGAGGAAGGAGGGGAGGCGCUCUCAUGCUCACUGUCUGCCAGGCUGCAGAACUGGACACCCCUGGGCGCUUGGCCUGGGCAAGGCAGGAGAAGGAAAGCAAAACAAGACCCAAUUCCUGCUCCAUUCCGCCUCGCUGUGGGGGGGGCCUCCAGCGUGCGCAUGCGCCUUCCACUUGUCUGGUCCCCAGGUGACCCUCGUCUCUACCGUGUGGCAGCAGUAAAAAUGCAUGAGCCCACAGGGAGAGGGGAGGAGGGAACGCAGGAGAAAAUGGUAAUGACAUUCCAGUGAUUUCAUGGAUAUGUAGUGAAUAUUCGAUUUUGCUUCACGUGACUUUACAUGAUUUUGUAUCAAAGUAAAACGACUUUUAUACUU